AUCCAAUGAGGUACUUCCACAGAUUUAACUGUGGUCACAUUGACAGCGUCGGCCCACCCUUUGCCAAUGCACCGGUGUCCAACAGCAUCCUCGUGCAGCUGGACAAUUCUGACAGUAUCUUGUGUGAACUGAAGGGGCAUAUGAGACCGUCCUGAGCAACGAGAAUUGCCCACGACCUGGGGAGAACUUACAUCCAUGAUGGCGCAAAAGACGUUAGAUGGAAAGGUGGCACUUGUCACAGGGUCGAGCAGUGGCAUGGGCCGAGGCAUUGCUCUUGGUCUUGCGGAACAAGGCGUCAGCGUGAUCUGUUGUGACCUCAAGGCAGAGGCAAAUCCAGCCGGGUUCGAAAAGGACUUACAGAUCACUACCGCGGACCUGAUCAACAAGCAAGGAGGCCAAGCUAUUUUCUUCAAAGUCAACAUCUCCCAAACGUCGGAAAUCGAGCAUGCAUUCAAGGAAGGCAUCGCGAAGUUUGGACGUUUAGACAUCGUGGUCAACUGUGCAGGAUACUGGGCGCCCUUUCGAAAAUUCGCCGUCGAGGAUGAUGAACUAUGGGCAAAGAUGGCCAGCAUCAAUUUACUCGGCACGGCAAAAUCAAACCGGUUGGCAAUCCAGCAAUUUCUCAAGCAAGAUGUCGACGAAGCCUGGGGUAGCCGUGGCAGGAUUGUGAACAUCUCGUCUUGCGCGGCCAACAUCGCCUUCCCAGGUGAAGUCGCGUAUUCGGCGACCAAGGCAGCAAUCAACCACAUGACCCGUGCGGGAGCAAUGGACCACGCUCAGGACUGGAUCAACAUCAACUGUAUAGCACCGGGUGUUGUGGCGACCGGUAUGGCGCGCCAAAAUUUUGAGGAUCAAGACAUUAUCAAGCACAUGAAGAAGGCCACGCCAUGGCCUCGUCUUGGGACGGUGGAAGAUAUCACAGGCACUGCUAUGUUCUUAUGCAGCAAGCAGGCCUCGUGGCUUACGGGCCAGAUCUACGCGGUGGAUGGGGGUAUGACGCUUGGUGUGCCGCCUUGAGCAAAUCAUUACUUAGUCACCCGAAGCAUAAUCCCAUGCAUGGAUGGGGUUGUAAGGAAAUAGAAAAAUGUGACUCUGGACAUUCAAGAUGGUCUUAUAGCUGCUACAUGUUUUUCUGACAUUAUCCGCAAAGACGUCAUUCGUACUGCUUCAAGAAUUCCAAUGCUUGAACCAGCUCUCUCUGCACAGUCUCCAUGUGCUUCUGACUGCGAGGCUCGACUUUAACCUUGAAGGGAAGUGGGCUGACCAGGAUCGAGGAGGUGUAGCCAUCUACAUCGAGAGGCGCGCUUGGAUCCUCGUACAUCUUG